GUGCUCAGCACACAGGACCUGCUUUUACUGGAUUUAUACUGGAAACCAGGAUGAAUGGAUAUACUGUCGGUGUUAAUGAAAUUAAAGAAACAUGCGAAGAUUCAAUUAUAAACAGCUUUCAUAUGAAGAAGUAAUUAUAAUGGUAAUUACAUAAAGUAAGACUUAAUAAUAUAUUAAUUUGGUUUGAUUUGUACCUGGAGAAAUCCCCCAAAAGUGAAGCCAAAUUAUUUUAUUCGCCCCCUGAUGGCUGACUGGGGUAAAGGUCAUACACCAUAUCCACUCCAUGUUGGUGUAUGGGUCAUGAACCAAAUAUUUCUCAAAGAUGGUUUCUGCCAUUUCAGGUAGUUCUUAUCACAUGGAUGUUUGGUAAAGUGAAAUUUGAUUUCAUUAAGUAAAUUUGUGUGAUAUAUUCUGAGGAAAUGUGAUGAUUGACAGCUGAAACUGCCUCGCCAUUGGUCGAGAGUGUGUAUCGACAGGUUCUCGCUCGCGUGGCUGAAUCCCCUGAUGCCCUCUGUGCAGCCUCUGGCUCUAAAUGAAGUAAUGGAUUUGUGAUGGCGGAGCUCUAAUCUUGGAUAUUGUGGCUUCAUAUCUGGAGAUGCAUCGUCCAUCUUCAAUCCCAAUCUAUGGUUGAAAGGUUUUCUCUACUCUGGUGUUGUUGAAGGUGGAGGUGAGUCCUGCCUCACACGCUUCCUUUUGAGGCUGCCAGCGUUUCAUCACAUCAUGUAAAAAACUCUUCAGUCGCUCCUCAAAGUUUUUUUACUUUGACCAGCGGCUCACAUUUGUUGUUAGGACUGGAGGUUUUGUUGUUGUGGUUAGGACGGUGUCCUUCCUGAUAACACGCCGAAGAGACACUGAAAGGACGAGUGCUUCUUCUUCUUCUCUUCUUCUCCUCCUUCACUCCUCCUGUUCAUUGUCCUCUUGAGGCAUCGCUCCCUUCUUUCCCCUUCUUCCUCAGUGGGAUCAUUCGACAGAGAGACAACUGGCGCCUGACAUGGCUGAAUGGGACGUGCUGGGCCGCUUGCUGGACAAAGUGCAGAGCAACUCCACGGUGAUCGGGAAGGUCUGGCUCACCGUGCUCUUUGUGUUCCGCAUCCUGGUCCUGCGCACCGGUGCUGAGGAGGUGUGGGGCGACGAGCAGUCCGACUUCGUGUGCAACACCGAGCAGCCCGGCUGUGAGAACGUCUGCUACGACCGAGCCUUCCCCAUCUCUCACGUUCGCUUCUGGGCUCUUCAGAUUAUUGCCGUGGCCACUCCGAAGCUGCUCUACCUAGGUCACGUCCUUCAUGUGAUCCACAUCGAGAAGAAGGUGAAAGAGAGGAUGAAGAAGCAGGCGGAGUUGGACUCCCAGGUCAGCCUGUUCCUCAGCAAGUCCUACAAAGUUCCCAAGUACACAAAGAGCACCGGCAAGAUCAGCAUCCGCGGCCGCCUCCUCCGCAGCUAUGUCUUCCAUCUUGUGGCCAAGAUAAUCCUGGAGGUUUUGUUUAUCGUGGGCCAGUACUAUCUGUACGGCUUCACCCUCGAGGCGCGCUACGUCUGCGCCACCGACCCCUGCCCGCACAAGGUGGACUGCUUCCUGUCCCGGCCUACGGAGAAGUCGGUCAUCAUCUGGUUCAUGCUGGUGGCGACGGUGGUCUCCCUGGUCCUCUGCGUGGUGGAGCUGCUCUACCUGUGCGUGAAGGCUGUGAAGGAGUGCAUGGCGAGGAGGCAGCACUACACCGUGACCCCGGUGACGCCCCCAUUUUCCGAGAGGAAAAUGUUUAAAAGCCGGGACGAAGCCAUCCAGAACUGUGUCAACCUGGAGCUAGAGCUGCAGGGGCAAAUGGUCGGCUUGAACGGGGUCAAAGGUGGAGUGAGCAAGGUCGUGAAGACCGUACCAUCUGAGAGUGACAUGGGGGAGGUCCACAUCUGAAGCGUGGAGGCGGUGAUGGGUUCCACUAUCUGUGUGUUGGGCUGUAGAGGGGACAGGGGGGUGUGUGUGUGUUUGCCCAGUAAAUAAAGGUUGAGGGGAAGUGGCCAGCUUCAGUAAACAGAUCUCAGUCACAUGCAGAAUGUUGUUUAAUGUGACUUCCAGAGACGUUUGAGACAGAAUAGAAAAGCAACAAAGAUGUCCCUCGUUUUAAAAGACUGCAGAUCAGUUGUUGGAUGGAUUUUGAGAAAC